AUGUCGACCACAAAGCGGCGUAAUGGUCAACUCUCGUCCUGCGAGCCUUGUCGCAAGGCAAAGCUGCGUUGUGACCAUGCAACGCCCAUCUGUGGUCGAUGCAUUCAGAGAGGGCAAGAAAGUACAUGUAUCUACCAUCCAGCGCCCAUGACACAACCUCGACCGACAGUUAAGAAGUCGGAGCUGAAGAAGAAAAGGAAACGAGAACCUACCCUCUUGACGGAGAGGGGAAUAACCUCAACCAAUUUUUUGCAACGUUAUCGUGUUCCUGCCGUAGAUCAACAACAUUCACCCCCUAAUAAGCGUCAGGUGACAGACCAGACAGAUCCAGGAGAGGCAGCUGUACCUGCUGAUAGUGGGAGCAGCGAGACGGCGCGGUUCAGAAAAUCAAUUUUUUCAACUGGAUUUUUGGGUCCUUCUAGCUUCUGGGCGGCGUUUGAUGAGCCCAAUGAAAGUAGUAGUAUUCGCAGUCCCGCAACUGCUUCGGCUUCUACAUACCCUCCUACCCCGUCGCAGUCAUCGCCAUAUACGGAGUCGCCUCCCGCUGAAACAAGCAUGGCCAUCGAUUCGGAAUCCACAACCGCAGAUGCAGACCAAAUCGAGUGCGGGGCGAGAAUCCUCGUCCUUCUAGAAGACUUGUUGCUGUAUCAGGACCUCAUUCAACACAGAUUCACAAUCAUGGAUCCCUGGGUCUUCGGUAAGAAAUUGGUGAAUGAAGCCCUCGCCGGAGUCUUUGCGCUACGCCAACAAUGGCGACAAGGCAGUAAACUAUCUCAAGCAAAGCUCCUCGCUUGGUCUGAGCGAUUGUUUGAGAACAGCUCCAAGCCUAUCGUUACGCAUGCAAAGAUGACGAUUGCGGAGUAUUUCUCGUCGAUAGCCGCCAGAUGGGAAAUGAUUGGCGUGGUGUUUUCGUGGGUUGGCGUUGCGGCGCUCAUGAUUCCCGAAGAUCAUGAGUCUCUUCGAUCGGAUGAUGGGUCGAUUAUUGAUGUGCAUAAACUACGCAAACUGACUGUUGAGGUUACGGAGAUUUGUCUGGGGUUUUGUGAUAGUGUGGGCACGUUGAGUGAUCCUCUCGUCUGGCUUCUGUUGCAGCAGACUAUCUUGCUUGGUGAAGUGCACGGAGAUAGCGACUACAGACCCUGGCGGAAACUGGGAGAUCUAUCAACAAUAAUCUUUGCUCUAGGCUUGCACCGUCCAAAGCCAGACCCAUCUGUUCCCUUGUUUCUAAUUGAAAUCCGUAAGCGUGCUAUGUCAGCCGGAUUCGCUCUGGACAAGCAACUGGCCACGUUACUAGGACGGCCUCCUCGCAUCGCCUAUCAAUAUUGCGAUAUACAGUACCCGUUAGAUCUUUCAUACGAGACAAUCUGCAUGAUUUCGGAGGAAAAAGAUGAUCUCGCUCAACACAUUGGAUCUGAUGGCUGGAAUCUGGAAGAAAUCGUUAAUUCAGGGACUCGAGCAAGAGUCAACGUCAUGCUUGCCAUUAUCCGAGAGAAGGUUCUUGCAUUAUCACUUUCUCCGCAUUCUGAUGAUUUGGAGCAAAGAGUUUCAGCCACCUGCGCUGAACACGACCAAAUGCGCCAAUCUCUCCCCUCAAAACUAGAAUGGCGACCAAAUAUCCACUUCUCAAAUGAUUCCCACGCCUAUCUUCUCGAGAUCCUCAAUCUCGAAUUCCUACACAAUGAUUUCAUCCUGUAUUCUGUCCUGAUUAAAAGGACUGGUGAACACAAGGAUAAGCUGAUACAGGCCGCGCGGAAAAUGUUGAGUACGUUGGUGUCGUGGGUUUCGGCUCGGGCGCCGUCGAUGUUGACCAGUUUCCGGUCUUCCUGGGAUCUCUGCUACAUCGGCCUCCCAUGUGCAGGCGUCUUAGCGCAGGAACUCCUCCAACGCUCUCAACGAAAACAUCGCCCACCCAUGCCCUCUAAUACCAGCACCAGCGCAACAACACCAUUCCCCCGCUCCGAAGUCAUCCAGAACCUAAGCGUAUUUGCCUCUCUGCUCGAAACAGCACUACACAUCCGAGACGGCAACUACGGAAUCGCUAGGAGGGGAUUGGACGCUAUAAGGAAUAUAUUGGAUCGAGUUUUGUCCGGUGAUGACUGUGAUGAGACACAGCACCAAUCCGUUCGUCAUCAUGGUCAUCGUGAGAAGUCACAACAGCAGCCACAGCAAAAACAACACCAGCAGCAACAGCAGAAGCAGAAGCAGAAUGAGGUUGUCCAGGAUCCGUCUGUGCUGCGUUAUGCGUCGCCUUCUUCUCCUUCUGCUCCUUUGGCUCCUUCAACCGAGCAUUUCCCCGUUAGUUCUGCUACUCAUCUCCAGCAGCAAGAGAUAACACCAGACACCCAACAACAAGAACAACAAAACCAGCACCAGCACCAGCAGUCUGUAAUAAUGCAAGAAGAAGCGUCAAUUCCAGCAUCCUAUACAUCCACUCAUCCCGAGGGACUCGCACCCAGUGUCGGAGCCGACGGUUCCUACCAUACAAACGACAAUUUCCUUCCCCUAGACUUUAUGACAUGGCUCGACAGUUUUGAUUGGGCGCAGGAAUCGUUGUUGAAUUAUAGUUAA